AUGUCUCUAACAUACCUACCAUUUCACAAUCUAGCUCAUUGUCCAAAGUAAGUCAUAGAAUUUGUAUAAAAUCCAAAUCUGAAUCUCAUUGAUUUAAACAACAUGAUAGAAUAAUUGAAAAUGCCUAAAAAUCAUCAUAAAGCAAUUCAAAGCAUGUAGAUUUUAGUCUCAAAGUAAGAACAUUAUUUAUAGGAUGAUAAUACCCUUCAAAAUCAAGAUGAAGAAAUUCAUUCUCCUAAAUUACUUUUUAGGAAAGUUCUAUACUGA